AUGCAACUGUUCAUUGGCUGGGCCAAAAAAGACACCACUGCCAAGCCAGAUGUGAAAGGACAGUGUAGGCCACAGAGUGGCAGCACUAUAACGGUAACCCUGUAAGAAAGGAAUAAAAAGGAGCUUGCUUAGAUCAGAAUGCCAGCUUGUGCUUCUGAUGCCUAUAUUGUUUCCUCCUAAUUAAAGGCAGAUGCAAUCAGAGACAAAGAUUUGAGAAAUGGGAACAAUUUGGAAAGCAUGAUGUAGAAGGACAAGUGAGGAUAGGGAUGCCAUGCCAUGCUGAUCAUCAUUGGAAUGACUUCUAUUAACAGAGAAAGGAAAAUAGCACAAACUUCGGGAACUAUAAGCAGGCAGCUAAGUUUACAAUGGAACUGCAGUGGUUCUGCUAGGGUAGAUAAUGAAAAAAGUUCCCUAAAAGUAGUUGGGGGCUCCUAACUUAGGAGGUGGAUGUGUCUUACUAAGGAAAGGUAGGAGCUGUUCACCCACAGAUAUUUUAUUAAUCAAAUGUGUAUACUGCCCUUCAUCCAAAGAUUACAGAGUGGUCACAACAUAAAAAUACCAAAGGUUCUGUGUUUGCUACAGUGCCAUAUGAUGACUUGACAGUGCGAAAUCACUUCCCAUGGCUGCUUUCAACCAGAUACUCCCAUGUGAUCAGUUGUGAGGGAGUACUGUGAAUGUGUGGAUCUGCCCUUUGCCUGCUGCCAUGCCACAAGAGAGUACUGCAUUAGAAGAUAGGGAGAGUUUGGGGAAUUUGGUUUUACGAAACCCAUUUUCUUUAAGGCAAAAGAGAGAGAGCUAAACAGCAAACCUCGGACUGAAGUUCUUACAAUGCCUAGCUCAGGGGUCUGCAACCUUUAAGACAAAAAGAGCCACUUGGACCCGUUUCCGAAGGAAAAAAAACUGGGAGCCGCAAAACCAUUGCGACAUUUAAAACAAAUAUAUCUCCAGAGCCGCGAUCUGACAGCGGGCGGGAAGGUGACGUCGGGACGGUGCUUGACUAACACACGCACCGCCCCCAUGCGACGUCACAGCCAGUACAGUGCCCACCACAGUGGGGAGUGUCGGGGCACACAAUGCGCCUCCUCCCCUCGCUAGUAUCCGCCCCGGAGCCACGGCAAAGGUGUAAAAGAGCCACAUGCGGCUCCGGAGCCGCGGGUUGCAGACCCCUGACCUAGCUGAUGCCUAUUUACUAGAAUAUACAGCCAGCUUUAUAUGGUAAUAGCGAUGUGACUUCGAAACAGUGCAAAACAGUAGCGUUUAUGUCUCAACUCUAAUACUUCCUGCGCCCUGCCACACUCUUUUUUAUACCUUCAAUUAGCAUAACGGAAUAGAUGGGGCGGGGGAACCCUCUAUAUUUAAAACUCAUGCAUAGGGAUCAUCCGCAUUAAGUGAUCUUUUGUAGAAGGACCAACCCAGCAUGGUGCAGCGGAUGUUUCCACUGCUUCAUCGCAAGAAAACGAAUCUGGUUGCCCGCGAUCAGUACUAAGCGGGGAAUUGCAGCGAAAUCCUAAACCAGCGACGCUACCUUAGAAGCCACGAUCGGGAGCGAGCCGGGAUUCGCUGCUGCAGAACUUCAUCGCGAUUUGCAGAGGGGCUUGUGUAAGUGGUAGCAACCACCUUGCAAAACCUCUUUGAACGGGGGGGGGGGCGGUUAAAAGUCCUGCGAUUGCUAUUCUUUCAUCAAAACAAAACGUUUUGAUAGCUAAGGCUGGCAUCCUCAGAAGGCGCCCCAUUUGCUGAACUGGCCAGCUAGCAGACUGCUGCUUUGUGACUUUCCCGACUUUAGCGUUAUUAUUCCCAGGUCUCCCCUCCCAUCAUCGGCGCACGUGGUUGGUGCCGCAGUGUAAUUUCCUUUGUCGUCCUCUUGCUGCGCUUGGGCUGGAGCGCUGUUUGCAAGAAAGAAGAAAGGCCAGGGGAGAUUGCCCGCUUGUGCAACGGGUAGGAGUCUCUGUCCAGAAUUUUUGCAAUCUGGCUCUAUUAUCACUUUUGUUUCGGCUCUCUCCAACGAUGGGAUACGCUUCGUGCUGUUUUCUUUCUGUCCUUCGUAGGCGCUUCUCUCCUACGGUAAUUGGCUUCUACGCUGUGCUGGCUUCAUCCUGCCUGCCGCUCUGGUUAACUGCUGUUGCUUUUUCCUCCUCUAGUUGGAUUUUUUUGGCGCCCUUUUUUGGGGGGGCGGCUUAUUUCUGCCGUUAUCUUCGCUUCUUCGGGGUAACCAGCUCUCCUAAUUCUUUUCCUUUAAAUUUCAAUUGAUUUAUAUGUCGCCCAUUAACAGAAAAGUUCUCUGGGCGGUUUGCAAGUAAAGACUACUUUUCACGUUCUCCCCACCCCGCCCUGUGUAACUAAUUAAUUUAAAAGGUUUUUUAAGAAUAUUAGUUUACAGGCUCGCAUUCUCUUUGCUUGAAAGUGUGUACACGUGAAUCAACCUCCAUAGAUUUUCUUGUGUUUUGCAAGAGGUUUGAUAACCCAAUUUCUAAAUGCUUAACACUUAAGCCUUUCUGGUGUCCUCCUUAUGGCAUUAGGAUAUUUUACUUUGUCAGGAUUGAUACUAUAAUGUUCUUUGCAGAAAGGCUCAGUUUGCUUGCUUGCUUGCUUGCUUACUUACUUACUUGCAUGCAUGCAGUAUUUUGCAUGCAGAAGAUCUAUCCUUCCCUUUAGACAAUACUGAGCUAGAUGCAUCAUGAUCUGAUUUGGUAUAAGGCAGCAAAAGCAAACCGAAGGAGCUUCAUCUUCUUGGCUGUUCCCCUUAGGAAGGCCGGCCACAUGCAUUGAGAUGUGCAGCCCAGUGGGGUGAGUGGGGCAUUAUUUUUCCUACCCUCCUGUGUUUGCUUUUGUAGUAGAAUGGCCCCCAAAGGGAGAAAGAGGAAGGCAGAGGCAACUCGGGCCAAGACUGCAACAUCUGAAGGAGUGGAGAUGAAUGUUGCUGAGGAAUCACCCAAGAAACCAAAGAAGGAUGAAGAAUUGGGCUUUCGUGUGAUCAUUGAGCAUUGGUGUGUACCUGCCCGUUAUUUGCAUCAUCUGACUAAGGAUGGGACCCUCAUGGGUUGUUUCAUGCAUUUUGCUUUCUAGAAGGGAUUCCUGGGUAGAGCUGGCUGCUGCCUGGGAGAAAAAAUCUUGGGGUUGCACCCAGCACAAUCCUAAAGUGAGCCAGUGUUGAAUUUGCUCUGAUAGUGGGUCCUUUUGCACAAGAAGUACCAUAAGUGAACGACUUGCAUCUGCAGAUACAAUUCCUAAGGACAGAAAUAGUAAUGGUAGUUUUGUGACAUUUCAUUCAUGAGAGGCAGUUCUACCAGCAGACCUGUUGCCCAGCAUUGAAAGAGAGAGAAAACUGCUAGCACACUGAUGGUAUUGGAUGCGACCCUUAAGUAUAUUAAUUAUUUUAGUUUUAAUUGAUUAAAUCUACAUACAUUUGCAUCUGAGGGGGAAAAUGGUUUCAAAAGAAAGAGCACACCUUUUUUGCUUUUGUUUUAAAUAAUGUAUGUGUAGAAGUAUUAUUUCCUCCUUUUUCUUCAUCUGGGAGGAAAUAACUCUCUUUAGGUGUUGUUUGCCAUCUGUGGCUGAUUGCUUAUUUCUUUAUAAGUAAUUAUUAUAUCACCCUUGAAUCCAAUUCCCUGGAUGGUUUUAAAAAAAGAGUAAAACCAUUCAAAUGUUCAUACAAAAAUAAACGCCCUAAAAUUAUAAAUGUGGUAUGACUAAAAUUGCAUCUACAGAUGCAAGUGACAAUACAGUAGGCACCAAGCAAACUGGUAUCAGAACUAGUAUUAAAAGUUUAAUUGGUCAGCAGAUUUAAUCACAGGUGGUGUGUGUGUGUGUGUGUGUGUGUGUGUGUGUAUAUAUAUAUAUACACACACACACACACAUACAUAUACCAAAUUUAUAAUUGAUAAUUUUUUAACUGAGUAUUGCCACAGCUCUAGUAAGAACACAUUUUUGAACAGGAAAUCUCAUCCCUAAAUACUGCAUCUCUCCUAUGAAGUAGAAAACGGAAUGGGAAGUUUGGGCUGAACUCUCUGAACACUGGUGGGGUUGUGCUUUCUUCCAUGUAGUCAAACCAUUCAUUGCUUUGUGCCUGUAUGGGUUCAACAGAGACUUUCAAAUCACAGUUCAGGUGGUUCUCUGAAAGCUUUUCUUCAUUCCACAGUAAAAGCUGACGAGUCUAUGGGCGCAGUGCCGAUGCAGUCAGCGAGGCACUGCACCAGACCUUUCCUGACAUCGUGGUGAUGGUGAACCCUGAGAAACCGCGCAGGAAUAGCUUUGAGGUUGCUUUGUGGAAAGAAGAUGGCACCAGUAAGUGCUUUCAAGGGAGGCUUCUCAGUGAGAGACAGUAGGGACCUCCCUGGAGUUGCCAUAUCUCUUUGGGGUUAGUGAUACCCCAAAUAUAGCUUGGUAGAGAAACCUUCGGCAGUGAGUUCUUGGUGUAGUUUUCAUCUGCCUAGAAUAUGUGUGACCAGAUGUUCACAAAUCCACUCACCAAGCCAUAAGGGUGCCCAAGUACAAAAAGCAAUUAGGCUGCCUUGUGCUCGUCUCCAUAUCCCACUGCAAAUCAGAAAACACUCUGUAUCUCUCCCCAGCUGUGGUUUGUGCCAUAGAAUUUGGGGGUGGGGGGUGGCUGUGUGACCAUAAAUAGUAGCUGUGGUUCCCUGUAUGUACGCAUCAGAAUGUACAUAACUAGAAAUUUGAGGCUGAAAGAUCAGCACCUGAACAUCUUAUUGCUGGGAUCCCUAGUGUGACAUCUGAGGGCACCACUUAGCACCAACCAAAAUCCUCUGCUUCUCCUAAUUUUUAAUUAGUUUUAAAUUUGAGGGUUGUGUGUUUUUUGUUAGGAUGGGUUGCCUGUUUCGGGAGUGGGGUGAGGUGGUCAGAUGUUUUAUCUGUAGUCUUUGUCUGCUUCGGAAUGUGUCUGAUAAUGUUGUAACUGUUUGGUGGCAGGAUCUAAUAAUUGCCAGACCCCCCACCCCAGGUGAAAUGGUUAUUUUGUGGUGCCUGUAACAGUUUAUUAGAUUUGAUGGAUUCAGUAAAUACUCCUCCAACCUUCAACAGUGACACAGUACAGAGAGUGGGUGUGCUGGCAUAAAAAGGAAACCAGAUGUGGACAAUCCAUGCCCAACAGAUGUUGCUGGGCUAAAAUCCCAUAAUCCCAGACCAUGGGCCAGAGUGGCUGAAGUCUUAACAACAUCUGGAAUGCCACAGUUCCCCACCCCUGACUUACCUACUUCCAGGUCAUUCUCUCUAGCGUAUCAAAAAGCUGGGCUAGCUGAGGUUUCAACCAGAUACCAUAGCCGUAUUCUGAGGUUCCCCUUCCAGUUUUGUGCUUUCUACCUGCUUAUUUAUCCCUUACUCCCCUUUGCUGCUGCAAGUCCAAGAAGCUAGUUGCUGCUGGAAGAUGAGUGGGCAGGCAGUGCCAAGAGAGACUGGGAGUUCUCCAGAGGUGGCUUGCACAACUUCCAGCACUAUUAGCUGCUCCAGUUAUCACCUGGAGCCUUGCUCACAGGGUUUCUCUGAACUGGAGCAGGAUACUGGGCUAAAUGUUUGGCAAGACCUACAUAGCAGCUCUUUGAUCAAGCUUUAGCUCAGUGGUCCGGUUAGAUUCGGUUUCUCUUUCCACCACUCCACACACAAGCUCAGCUGUAGAACUGGCUCAACGUGUGAGAUCUUGGGCAACUGGAGAUGUAACUUGCUCAGCUACUGCUAUGUCCAGUUAUUUGUGAGAGCAACCAAUAGUUUAAUGAAUGCACACAACCCUACCUACAAGCCAGCAGAGGGACAUGGCGUCUUGGCUGCGUGCUUGUGGCUGACUGGAAGUAACACAAUAGAAAUGCUGCUGGUGAGUUGUCUUCUAUCUUUAUUGAUUUUGUCUUUAUUGGGUUUUUUAGAGGUGGAGUUAUGGAGCGGCCUCAAGAAAGGGCCACCACGGAAGCUCAAGUUUCCCGAACCAAACAAGGUGGUUGAAAUGCUGAAGGGCAACCUAGAAUAAAGCAAACAACUGGGCAGGAUUACCAAUGGUAGGUUUGUACAAUGUAGCAGCCAUAUUUUCCGAGAUCUGCUGGACAUCAGUGCCUUAUUGGACUGGCCUCACCACCACCACCACUCCAAUUCCUAUGUAGUUUUAAAUGAUUACUGCCUGGAGCAAGCAAUAGGACUAAAAGCUAGUCAUUCUUUUGUGGUCUCUCUGUUGUUGUUGUUGUCUCCCCCCCCCCUCCCCCGGGCUGGGUAGAGGAUGAAUUGGGAAGAAAGGCAAAUUAACUGCUCCCAUCAUUAAGUCACAUAUUUCGAGGACUGCUCAUCCAUCCGUCUGUCUUGUACACUAUCACCUACAGCACAGGUUGGCAGUAUGCAGCCACUGGCCUAAUUACAUAUGGGUGUAGAGGUGGCAGCAAGGGAGGGGGAAAGGGUGCCCCCUCCCUUUCAGCUCUGGGAAUCUUGGAUCAUAGCUGUGCUAUCCAUCUGUGCUGGCAUCUCCUAAGGGAAGGGGGUGAAAUCAAGAGCAUACCCCCCACAGCUACUCAGCAUAGUAUAUGAAUGGUGCAUUAGCUUGCUUUCUACUGAGCAAGAUCUGUGGCUAAUGGCUGUCUGUCCUUGCAUCUAGCACAGCCGAUGAACACUUCGUCCUGUGUGAGAGGUGGAGCAUCCAUGAUGGGAUAUGAUUAAGUGGGGUAAAUAAUGAAACUCCAGUCGCAUCUCUGAAGCUGCUGCCCCUCCUCCACGAAAGGAAGAACGUACCAGCUGCUUGUUUCCUGACCCCUUUACCGUUUUGCUUUGUUAGUCAUUUGGGGAUGGGCAAAUAGUGUUUUUCAAUAAAGCUUUAACUGUUGUCAUGCCUUAUACUUUCUUAAUUCUGUUCAGUUAGGACAGCAUCUGGCUAGACAAACCUUAGUGCAGCAUGUGCUACAGCUGCACUAAGGCAAGACUUCCACUUGUCCUGCUGUUUCCCCUGGAAAAAACCUGUCAUCAAUUGAGUUUUCUGCAGAUUGAUGUUUGUUCCAAUUUGGCACUAAACAGGUUUUCCUGGGGAAAGCGGUGGGGCAGACAGAACAGUGUUUAGAAAGUAUGGGGUAAGCAAUAAAUGUGGACAAGCCCCUAAAUAAAAGUGGUUCUUCUGGAUCCUGUGCAGUUGCCCUUCAGUAGUGAAGCCCUUAUCUUUCCUUAAGCAGCAUAAAAAUCAGUGUGGCAUGUCUUAGGUGUUGGAAGCUAGAAGGACUUGCCACUGCUAUCACAAUCCUGUGCAACUGCACAGGGUUUUCGCAAACCUACCUUAACAUUCAGCAUGCUUUAUUAUCUCGUUCAUUAACUGCAAAAAGGAUGUCAUUUGUAAAUCUCUGGAGCCCUUUCUUUCCAUUUUGUUCUAGCUAAAUCUGGUGCCAUGAUCUGCCUAUAUAUCCUGCAGUAACUUCCUUUCUAGAUGAUGAUUCUUCCGUAAUAUCAGCUUUUCCCUUAUCCUGUUUCUAACAAGCUUCUUGUGUGCAAUUUGUUUCUUUUCUACCAGUGCUGCAACUAAACCAUAAGCUGCCAUAAGUUUAAACAAAAUAAAGACAACUCGGGGGGGAAAUAUAGGAACUUUAAUUGAACAAAGUCACAACUCAACAUUUCUUAUGGCCUUUGUGCCAUCUACUCUUCAGAUUGUUUUCUGUACAAUGAGAGCUUUGGGCUAUCAAAAGGAAGUAGUUGGCACAGUGUCGUGGACGCAUGGGUCACUGCACUUGAAUACACCUCUCCUUGAAUAAGCUGUAAACAAGGGAAAUGGUUUGAAUGUAAAACAAGUGAUUUAACCUGUUAUUAGACUUUGGAAAGCCAUCUCUGUACAAAAUAAAAUAAAAUCAGCAGGGCAUGUAACUGUUUACUAAAUCAGCUUCCACAGACGGUUAGCCAGCAUUAAUAGCCAGUGAAAGUGGUCGGUCCUACCGGAAGUAGAGAAAAGACAGCCUUGAAGGGGCUUUUAACAUUUCCAGGCAGCUGCUCCAAUAAAUGCCCCGAGCUUUUGCAGUGCAGCCCAAAGAGCAUCCACUCAAAAGUACAGCAGAUGCAGUGAGAGGCAUCAGCAAAAGUCAUGCUGCUGUUUCUAGCUCCAGUGUGACCUUUGUGAUAAAGUGUUUGAUGUGUGCACACAGCUGGUGGGAACAGUAGGCCACCACCCAUGUCUUCUCCAGUGUUGUAAAGUCCCUUCUACUCCCAAGUUGUGCUGCUGGUGUAACUGUUCACCAGAUUGGGUUUUAAGAGGGUGGGGCAGGGAGCAAGGCCUAAAAGUUGCUUUAGCUGCCUACCAUUAAAAAUUAAAAUUAAAGCCACAAACAAACUAUAAGUUUGAGUCACUGAGAACACAGUCACUCUCUGGUUACCCUAGAAUGCACAACUGACUUUGUUCACUGAAUUGUGAGUGCCACACUUCCUGUGUAUUUAGAAAGCCCUUUUUGUUCACCUUGGGGCAGCUAUACCCUCCUUCAUUAUUGGGGGUGGUGGUGGGGGAAACUGGUGGCCCUCCUGCUAUAAAUAGAACUGAAACAGACCGUGCUCAUGUGCAGUUUUAGUGCAUGAGAAAGACUUUCCCCACCAUUAACAUUUCCUUACUUUUUGACAGAACCACUGCUAGAUGUUUCAGUUUUUUAGUUUCUAGCUUCUACCUAUCCUAUAAAGCAGACCAGGAAUCCUGCCAGCCUGCACUGUAUAGAAAACAGUUACAAACGUAACAGUCAUGAUUAGAUAAGGCCGAGGGGGUGAUGAUAGUAAAAUAACCCCGCGUACCAUUUGGAAUUCCGGGGGGGGGGGGCACUUUUCCCUUGGCACUCCAAAAGCACUGUAAGAUACUACUAAUGUAUUUAUUUACCGCAGCCCCAUCAAGGAUUUUAAGUGUGGCACCGAAGUCUAUCCCACACAGGGCCAGACUUUUAUGAGACCUUGACAUGGUGAUGCUGCCCCUACUUUGAGGCACCCUCCUCUCCUCUCAUGGCAGUGCGUGUUAGUUUUUUAUUCUCCACCUUUUCAAGCAGGGCAGCCUGGCAAUGGGGAGGCUCAGUUCAGCAGCUGAGUUCUCUGUCCUGGCAGGCGUCACAGGAAGGCUGACAUCGUCACCUGUGUCCAUGAGGGAGGGGGUGGUCAUGUGUGGGAGAGAGGCCAUGGCAGGCUGAAAUCAGAAGUGCACUGCACUGGGCAAGCGAGAAAGCAAAACCAGGGGAGAGAGCUAAGUUAAAGGGUGCACUGCAGCUCACCAUUACCACCACACCAAGGAAGUCCAACAGUCCAGAUGGUCCCAAGAGAGAGGUGACGGGGAUGAGGCGUGGCGUUGCUGCUUACUGUGUCACACACUCAUCCCCAAGCAGGCUUCCCGCUUUCAGUUGGGAAGACAUCUCAGCCAAGUCUCAGUUCAGUUUUGGCCUGCAGCAGGCAGCCAUGACGCUGAAUGUCCCCCAAGGUCCCCACAUACUUUGUAUUUUGGGAGACUUGGCAUAGCGGCUGCCCACCAGAGGCUUGAGGCUCCCCUUUAACCACAAGUGCUGUUGCCUCCAGGAUAAAUACACCCAGGGAGAGGGAUAAUGAGCCAAUGGCAAUGGUAGCAAGUAGCAGCAGCAAUGCCCGAUGGGAUCCUAUUGGCACCGAGGUGAGCAGGGUAGCAGUGGGCCCUUCUUAGCCUGACCAGCAGACCUUUUGACAUCAGACCUGACCCCUCACAGCCCCUGGGUAGUCAAGGCAACUCCUUCCCAUGGUCUGCAUUCACUAGUUCACAACAUCCACCUCGGUUUCAGACACCGGAGAGGGGUCUGGCCUGACGCAUUCGAUGCUAACCAAGAGUUCGUCUACCCCACCAACAUCUAUCUCUUCCUCUUCCAAGCAUGGAGGCACCUUAUAGCCCAAGUGGUGUUGCAAAGGGCUCUUCUGCAAUGUCUGAGCAUGGAGCUGUGUUUCGACACCACAGAUACCCACUUCAUAGGACAAAAAACCCCGGUCUUCAUUGUCUGCCAAAGUGAUGGGCAAAGGAUCACCAAGGUUUGCAGGCAUAUUCUCUGACAGGGACAGUUGAUGCUGAGCUGUCCAAUCAUCCAGUUGGGGAGAAGCUGGUUUGUACCAGGUAAAACAGUCACUGCUGGUUUCAGACUUCACAAAUGGAAAGUAGCUGGGAACAGGGUCUAGCAAGGGUCUCCCAUUUGCUGAGCCAUGAGCUUCUCUGCUGAUCUUCAUGUCAACAGCCUCCAGUUCCCCUUUUAGGAGACUGUUUUGGGUCUUGACCCACAGAGGACAGUCAGAGGCUUCUGGAGAGCACAUAGCUUUUCUUUCAACUUCAGCACAUUCUAGUGGACACUCAUUUGCUCCUGGUGCAGGCCAUAAAAUAUUCAUGCCUUCAGGAAUAGUGGCCUCUUGAGGCUCCUCAACAGCAUCACCAUCAUCUGCCAGAAACAUAUCAAGCAUGUGUUCCAACUCACCAGCUGAAACCAGCUUGUCAUACUGCACAUCCUCAGUCAGAUGGUCUAGCAGAAACAGAUCCAAUUUAUAAGGGUCUCCAUCUUCCAAGGAUACCUUGUUCUCAGCUUGUUCUCCCAGGUUCUUCUCAUUAAGAGGUGGACUUUGUAUUUUUGUUGGCAGACAUCUAGUUGAGGUGACUGACUGUUGUGCAUCUACUCCUUCCGGCUCAGGAUACCUGGGCGGAGACCGAGAGCCCUCCUCUUUCACAGCACACAUAGAGUUUGCUGGCCGGGUGGCCUGAGCUGAGGGAGAUUCCUGCACCACCUCCCAGCAGCUGCCAUUGAUAACUUUUCUGAGCCUUACCCGGCCAAUCUGCCCUGCAUUUUGGGGACAGCUAACACAAGGUUCACUGGCGUUGCGCUUUCUGCUCUUAGCAGCCUCUGGAGGGAGAGGCGGGCUCCAGAAACCAUACAAAUGGCUAUCUUCUGCUUCUUUCUGCUCAUCUUUGAUCGGAAGACUUUUCUGCCUCCAGUGACGUCUGCUGGACCUUGAGGGUUUGCUGGAUUCCACAGUGUCUUUGAUAGCACAUGGUACAGGCAAAGGUGAUGAGGGGAGCUUUGAGCGACUGAGCUUAAUCUUUUUUGACUCUUGCAAGCUGGUUGUAGCUUGGCUAUCACCAGUCCCAUCCUGUGUCCGCAAACUGUCAUGCUCAUUAUUGCCUAAUAUAUUCUUUCCCAUGCCUGUAAGACGUUUUUUAACUUUAGUUCUAAGGGGCUCGGCGGUAACUGCUGGAUCUUUAGGCAUCUGGUCUUCAUUCCCACUCGUCAAUGCUUCUGGUUUUUCCUUCUUGACAGCUUUCUGGACAAUGCUGCUAUUGUUAUCCAUUUCCUUGGUGCAUGGAACUUUCACUACAGUGUGCUGCAUAUUUGAAGACAGCCAUGACGUCAAGGAACUACCACUGCAGGCAGGGGGAGACUGCAACAGCGUUAACUCUGGGAUGGAUAAUGGACUAGAUAGCUGUAGGCAGUCCCGAUUUAAUCUAGGGCCCAGGGAUUUUUUGACCAACUUUCCUCCCUCUAGAUGAAGUGACUCCAACUCUGACACCUGAAGCUGCCGUGCAGCUGCAAGAACAUCCUGGGCUUCUUCCCGGGACACCUCCAUCUCAGAGGUGUAGAGGAAAUCCACCAGCUUACGUAAAGUCCCAAUUUUCAGCCCCCGGAUCUCUAGCACCACCUUGUGUCCUUUGGGGGGCAUUUCUCGCUCCAAACGCUCUGUGAAGAAAGGGCUGCAGGCUGACAGAAUGCAACAGUGAGCUGGAACAGCUUCCCCUGGAAACAACACAAUUGUUAGCAGGUACUGUAUCAACAAAGAAAACCAGAUAUUUGC